GAGAAUCGCGCGGAAUCGUCGUCUAAUUUUCUCACAGCCGGAACCAAGAUAAAGCCAUCAUACACCGACAUUACUGGAUUCACUGCCAACUUUCUCGUUUCUCUUUCAAGAGUUUCGCGGGAUCAUUAUCUGUUUUGGCCUACUACUAAUUACCCGUUCGGUUUUCUGGGAUGUGAAGCGAGUGUUUCUCAGAGGGAACUUGGCUUGUAUAUAGCACAAAGUAGGAUGAUUCUUGGUCAUCAAGGUACCUGCUGAGCUCGGGAAACGAUAUGGAUUCUGCCAGGGGUUGGUUUCACAAGUUUCAUCCAAGGGAUAAAAUGAGGUCUUCUUCGAAGAAGAAAGAGGGUUCUGGGGGAAUCGAAGAUUCAGAUUCACAGCUGGAUGAAGAAGCUCUUUCCAAUGUAACGAAACAGAAAGUUGCGGCGGCAAAGCAGUAUAUAGAGAACCAUUAUAAGGAGCAAAUGAAGAGCCUUCAGGAAAGAAAGGAGCGUCGAACUAUCUUGGAAAAGAAGUUGGCUGAUGCUGAUGUCUCUGAGGAAGACCAAAACAACCUUUUCAAGUUUUUGGAGAAAAAGGAAACUGAAUACAUGCGGCUUCAGAGGCAUAAGAUGGGUGUUGAUGAUUUUGAAUUGUUGACUAUGAUUGGAAAGGGUGCAUUCGGAGAGGUUAGAAUCUGCAGGGAAAAGACAACAGGCCAUGUAUUUGCGAUGAAAAAGCUAAAGAAAUCAGAGAUGCUUCGCAGAGGCCAGGUAGAACAUGUCAGAGCUGAAAGGAACCUCCUUGCAGAGGUUGACAGCAAUUGCAUAGUCAAACUUUACUGUUCUUUCCAGGAUGAUGACUACCUGUACCUGAUUAUGGAGUAUCUACCUGGUGGGGAUAUGAUGACUUUACUUAUGAGAAAGGAUAUCUUGUCUGAAGAUGAGGCUAGAUUUUAUGUUGGAGAAACAGUUUUGGCGAUUGAAUCUAUACAUAAACACAAUUAUAUCCAUAGGGAUAUUAAACCUGACAAUUUGUUAUUGGAUAGAUACGGACAUUUAAGACUGUCAGAUUUUGGUCUUUGUAAACCAUUAGAUUGCAGCAUACUUCAAGAAGAAGACUUUUCCGUAGGUCAGUGUGUGAAUGGUUCUACACAGAAUGAUGAACGUGGAUCUUCAAAUCGCACACAACAAGAACAAUUGCAACACUGGCAAAAGAACAGGAGGACACUCGCUUAUUCUACUGUUGGUACACCAGAUUAUAUUGCUCCAGAAGUUCUAUUGAAGAAAGGUUAUGGGAUGGAAUGUGAUUGGUGGUCUCUUGGAGCUAUUAUGUAUGAAAUGUUGGUAGGAUAUCCUCCUUUUUAUUCUGACGAUCCAAUGACAACAUGCAGGAAGAUAGUAAACUGGAAAACUCACUUGAAAUUUCCUGAAGAAGCCAUGCUAUCUCCUGAAGCUAAAGAUUUGAUCAGUAAGCUAUUGUGUAAUGUGAAUGAGAGGCUGGGAUCAAAAGGCGCAGGUGAAAUAAAGGCUCAUUCAUUUUUCGAAGGUAUUGAAUGGGAUAAGCUAUACCAAAUGGAAGCUGCAUUUAUUCCUGAGGUUAAUGAUGACUUGGAUACUCAAAAUUUUGAGAAGUUUGAUGAGUCCGACAACUGCAGUCAACCAUCUUCAAGAAGUGGUCCAUGGAGGAAGAUGCUCUCAUCUAAAGACAUGAAUUUUGUCGGAUACACGUAUAAGAACUUUGAAAUUGUGAAUGACUAUCAAGUUGCUGGCAUGGCUGAAUUGAAAAAGAAAACCUCCAAAGUUAAGAGGCCGUCCAUCAAGUCCCUUUUUGAUGAUGAGAUCGCUGAAGCAUCAGAAGCCUCUGAGCCUUCUGCAAGCAAUGAACCAGGUUCAGACAGUUUUAGGAGCCAUAAACUCAAGCCAGCUAACAGCAUUUUGACUUGCUCCAUUGAUGCAACUUUUUUAAGCUAUUUUGUGCUUGGACGUGUUCAUGGCUACAUUUCUAGUUAUUUGGCAGGCAGAUAGAAAGCGCUACUUGCACUACUAAGUUUUGCGUGGGAGCAGCAUUUGACUUGAUCUCUUCAACCCAUGUUGAAUCAGUGGCCAGAAAAAGAAAGAAAGAAAGGAAGAAAGAUUACUGAAUUUGUCAAAUUAAGAAUCUUUCGAUUGACUUGGUUUGUGAAACAUAUUUUAGCAAACUCUUCCUGAUUAGUUUUAUUUAUUAAAUUUUUUUUUUUGAAAAGAAUCAUGUUUGUCUUAUAAUGUCUUUGGUCAAAAGAGCUAAAUUUUUGUAGCA